UCCCAAAUCGCAGUUUGAGGCCUCGGCAGCCAUCCGUCGAUUGCGGCAUGGGUGCGGUUCAGAAGAAAACCGCAGUGUCAGCCAAAAUUGACACUGGACGUACACCCCUGGCUGCACGUUCGAACGAGGAAAAUGAGGUUCGUCUGCACCUGAUGCUGCAGGCGGAGAAGGCAGAGAAGGCGGAACUUAUGAAGACGGUGACAAGUCUUCAGGCCACUGUAGAGGGACUGCAGAAGCAGCUUGCGGAGUCGCAGCAGGCCAGGCUUUCCGCCGAAGCGGACGCAAAGAAGGAGCGGGAUGCUCUGCUGGCAGAGAUCCGUGAUAUGGGGAAGCAACUGCGCCAGGAGCUCUGUUGGCAACGCGGGCAACAGCCGCAAGCACAACCCGGUCCGUCAGGGACAGCGGCGGUAACGCUCCCGGCCCCCCAGGCGCCAACAGGAGAAGGCAUUCGGCAAGUGGAGCAGCCCAGCUUCGCUGAGGUCGUCCGCCGCAAAUAUCGUGGCAUGGCUAAGGGGAAACCCCGCCAGCCCCCCCAGCAGCAGCAGCAGCAGGAACACCAGCAGCAGCAACAACAACAGCAGCAGCAGCGGCAACCACAGCGACAGGCGGUCGCCGGCACGCAGCAGCAGCAACAGCGUCGGCAGCAACAACAGCAGCAGCAACAACACCAGCAGCGGCCAACUGCUGUACAGGCGCAGCGCAGUGAGCAGUUGCGCCAGGAGCGCCAGCGUCCAGCACGCCCUCGGCAGGACCAGCUCAUCUUUGAGCCGGCCGAGGGAUGCUCGUACAAGGCGCUGUUUGAGAAGAUACGGCUAAAUCCGCGACUGGCCGACGAGAACAAGGGAGUCAAGCAGGGCUACCGCACGUCACGCGACUUCCUUCGUCUCUCGCUUAAUCAGGAUGCAGACGCCGCUGUGCUGCUGCAGCGCAUCCAGGAGGAGGUCGGUGAUUUGGCCACUGGCCGGAUCAUCACGGAGAUGGCCGAGGUGAUGAUUACCGGCAUCGACAUGUUGGCCACAAAAGAGGAUGUGGAACGCGGUCUGCAGCGGGCGCUGGAACGCACAGUAGUUGCAGCAACCACGUCCUUGUGGGAGCGUCGUGAUGGGACGCAGCGUGCCCGUGUCCGUCUUCCACGGAGGGACGCUGACCUUCUGGCGGACAAACGUAUCCUUGUUGGAUACUCGGCGUGCCUGGUGCGCAGCGCGCCAAAACAGCAGCGAAGCGCGGUUCGCUGUUUCCGCUGCUUGGAGCGUGGACACACCACUGCAGACUGCGCCGGCGUGGAUCGUUCCGGCCUAUGCCUGCGCUGCGGAGCCACGGAUCAUCGCGCGGCAUCAUGCACCUGCGAUCCGAAGUGCAUCGUUUGUGGCGGCCCACACCGCAUCGCCGCCCCCAUGUGCCCAGGCCCGCAACCACAAUGUUGA